AUGAGGAACGCAAUCAAGCUGGCAACCUCAUCGCAGGUACCUCGCCGUUGGAUCUGGCUCUCCCACACCGUCUGGACACAUGAUGGUCAAUGUUUCCCGGUCGGCGCCCCUCCCAUUGUGCGAGAGUACCCUCGCCGACAGGCCAGCUACGAGACAGAGUCGCCCGUGGCGCUGUCGGCCUGGGGACCGACGCAGAUGGCACCACUGGGAUCUAUUGUUCACGCACGGUCUGGCAACAAGAACUCCGACUGCAAUAUCGGGUUCUGGGCGCGUGAUAAAGACGAAUGGGACUGGCUACGGUCAUUCUUGACGGUGAAGGAAGUGCGGAACCUGCUCGACAAGGAAUGCAAUGGUGGUGCAGUGGAUCGAUUUGAAAUACAGGGUGUUCGCGCUGUGCAUUUUCUGCUGCGGGACCACCUUGACCGCGGUGUAAACUCGCCAAGCAGCUACGAUGUUCUUGGCAAACUGGUGGCCGAGUAUCUUCGGUGCAAGCCGGUUGCCAUCCCCAGUAAGUUCUUGGAAAAGGGAACGAUCUAG